UAAAAUAUCACAAAGAUGCUUCGUGUCCUUGAUCUACAUCCAACACAGAGGGAUAUUAUGGACUCGUUCCUCGCCAGACAUGACUCCAUGGAUGCAAUGGAUUCCGUGAUGGACAUGAUGGACGACUGGGACGACAGGAGGUGGACCAUGAGGCCUCUUCACUGCCUCGCACGUCGACAGAGACCAUGCCCCUACAUUACACCUGGUUGGGCAUCACUUCUCGACGACGCUCCUUUGCUGUUUGUUCGUUCAGGCGAGAACACUUGGUCUGAUAAAAAGAGUGAGAAAAAUAAGCUCGAAAAACAAAAAAUCACACAGAAUGAUAAGAAAAGUCACACUAGGACCAUGAAGGAGAAAGAACAGAGUGCAGAAACCACAGAUAGAAGAGAAUGCAGCAAUGACAAGAAGAGCUUAGAGAAGGUGUGGCGGUACAGCGUAGACGUGGGCGGAUGUGACGAAGUGCGGGCGUUCUCGGAAGAUGGGCUGCUGGUUGUGGAGGGUCGUGGAGGUGACAGUGACUCGUCAGUGAUGGUUCGUCACGUGACAACACUUCCUCCACACAUCAAAGCCGAGACGUUGACAGCCACGCAGAAAGAUGGACGACUUGUGGUAAGCCACAAAACCGACGCAAUCCCUCCUUCAGUUGUGAAGAUCCCCAUCACUAAAACCGAAGAGAAAAAGACACUGGAAGGCAAAGAAGUCUCCGACGAUCAACAGCAACAGGAAUCAAACACUAAGCAGACAGAGGAUUCAAACAACGACUGAGAUUAAGAAGUGUCGAUAUAUCUCUUAUGGAAUUUAAGUAUUACCCAUUGUAUCAUUCUAAUUUGUCAUGUUGGCAUAUCCUAUCUUGUAAAUAAAGCUGUUAAAUGAU